AUGAAGAUUUGCAUCCUACUACUUUUUAUAUGUAAAAACGUAUUAUCCUUUAAAAUUAAAAAAAAUGUUUCAAAUAAUUUUAUAAAAAUUAAAAGUAUCUAUAAAGGUACUUUUUACAAAAGAAAUAUAACACUACAAGCACAUACAAAUAAAAAUUUCAGAAAGUUAGGAAGAAAUGCAUCACAAAGAAGAGCUUUACUGAGAGCUUUAACAACAAGUUUAUUGAGACAUGGUAAAAUUAUAACAACAGAAGCAAAAGCUAAGGAAGCAAGAAGAAAAGUAGAUAGAAUAAUAACAUAUGCAAAAAGACAUGAUAAUAAUAAACAGUAUGCUUAUAGAUUAAUAGCUAAUUAUGUUUAUGAUAGAGAAUUAGCAAAUAACAUAGUUAAACAGGCUCCAAUUAAGUAUAAAGAAAGAAAUGGGGGAUAUACAAAAAUAACACUUUUACCUAAAAGUAGAAAAGGAGAUGCAGCAAGAAUGGCUGUAUUAGAACUUCUUUAA